UUGCCUUGACCCCUAGGUCAGCGACAUUCCUGAUGGAGGUUGGGGUGAGGGCUGCCUUGGGACUCUCCCUCACCAGCAUGGCUGGCCUCAGCCUCAUAUCCCCUGCCUGGUUCCAGAGCUCUGCCUUCUCCUAUGGCGUCUUUACCUACUGCUCCUGGCCACAAAGUGACCGCUGGAACCAGAGCUGUGUGACCUUUGGGUCCCUGAAGGACAUGCCAGGCUUAGCCUGGAAGGUCUCGGCAGCAAUGCUCUUGGGAGGCUGGUUUCUGCUAGCCAUCAGUGCUCUUCUACUUUCAGCCUGGGCGCUGGGCCCCAGAAGGUUGUACCCCAGGAAUGGUUUUGGUCCAACACCCAUGAUGCAGGCAGCUGCAGUAGCCUCCACUCUUGCAGGUCUGCUGGUUUUUCCAGCCACUCUGGCUUCCCCAUUUGCCAAAGAAGUGUGUGAAGGCUCCUCCAUGUACCACAGCGGAGCCUGCUGGCUGAGCUGGGGCUAUGCCACUGCCAUCCUCAACGUGGUCCUGACUAGCCUGCCUGUCAUCAGAUGGCCUCAAACGACCACAGUCCAGAAGACAGCCGUCCCCUGCUCUAGUGUCACUCAGGGGAUCAUUCUUGUACCAGAAUAAGAAACUGAGCAUCACCCAGGAAAAGCAAGAAGCAAACAACAACAAUCUCUACAUACCCAGGUUCAAACCCCACCUCAUCUGCUUCCACCCUGUGUGACCUCAGGCAAAUCACUUUCCCU